UCUGGCGGACACGGCUGGGUGUUGCCUUUCGCCGUGGCAGUUAGCCAUCGGGUGAUGAUAGUCCGGGCCCGGUAGCGCUGUGGAUUUGACCAAUUCUUUGACAUGCUGUUUUAAUCAGUUUCGAAUGGUGUACUGUAGAGGAACUGCAAAUGUAACAUCAACUAUCUCUUAUAUCGUAUCGAAUUCCGGCUUUUGUUUGGGACUGGCCGCCAUCGGUGGCCGGAGUUUCGACACGGUCCCCAAUGACGACGCUCGGCGGCCAGCGCUGGCCUAUCGCCUGCUCUCGGCGCACUGUCUCACUGCUGCUACUGGCGCUGUGCUGUGCCACGCUACUGCUGGUAUUCGACGUCUCUAAAGGUCAGCUCCAACCAGUCGGCGCUCCGUUUGCCGUUCCGCAGGAGGAGCCUCUGAACUCGGCGCUGCAGGACCAGCGGCCUCUCAACUCCGCGCCGGGGAACCAGCGGCCUCUGAACUCCGCGCCGGGGGACCAGCAGCCUCUCAACUCCGCACCGGGGGACCAGCGGCCUCUAAACUCCGCGCCGGGGAACCAGCAGCCUCUAAACUCCACGCCGGGCGACCAGCGGUCUCAAUGUCCGCCGUCAGGAGGCCUGCUCUCCGCCGCGAAGGGCGGCCGACUCGGGAACAUCAUGUUUGAGUAUGCGGCGCUACUGGUGGCGAGAGACAAGCUGCACAGACCCGCCUGGCAACUGCCCGAGAUGGCAGAAGUUCUCGAUGUGUACUUUGAUUCCCUGUCGAUUCCUGCGCUGCCCUCUGAAUGUAGAUACAACUGGAGUAGAAUCCAGAUUGACGCCUUGGUUAGGAGAAAGCCCAAUGGCAAGGAUCCAAACCAUGUCAUCGUGGACUUUCCGACAGCGGUGCACCUGUUCCACCCCAUGCGCAAAGACGUGCUACGAGAGUUCACCUUCCGGCCCGAGCUGCGUCAGCACGCCGACCGACGGCUGGCAGAGCUGGCUCGUCAGGUCAACGUCACAUCGCCUACGUUCAUCGGCGUGCACGUGCGCCGGACCGACUACGCCCAGUGGCUGCCCAAGUUCGUCGGCGGCCGGCUGGUGGGCGCCGAUUUCCUGGAGCGCGCCCUGGCGCUGAUGCGGGGCCGCCACCGGGACGCGCUGUUUGUGGUGGUCUCGGACGACCCCGAGUGGUGCCGGCGCGAGAUGGUGACACGCACCGGCGCCACAGACGUGGUGGUGGCCGGUGACGGCCAGCAGCUGCACCCCGGUGGCGACCUGGCCAUGCUGACCGCCUGCAACCACUCCAUCAUCACACACGGCACGUUCGGCUUCUGGGGGGCCUACCUCGGCGGUGGAGAGGUGAUCAAACCGACCGGCUACGGCCGAAAAAAGACGGGGGUCGAGGGUAACGUGCGACGCGCCGGCCUCAACUGGACCUGGAUACCGGCCUUUUCUCCUCAGACAACCACGGCGGCCCCUGAGAUCGCUGGACAGAAACAGACAACUGAAAAGGGACCGGAAAACAGGCCGCCAUGACUAGUGCGCCGGUGUGUCUGUAGUUUAUGUAGUAGGCCAUUUCUUUCAGCCAUUUGUCUUUGAGAAGAAAUCAUUAUCAUUGUUACAGGAAGUUUUGCUUUGUGCAUGCGAUGCUUUUAUUUAUAUGCUUUUAAAUGUGUUUAUAUUGCAUUGUGAUAGUUACCAACACUGA